UUGUGUCUGCCCUAGCCUGUCGGACAUUCCACCGCUAAUUCUAAUACGAAAAAGAUUUUUGAUUGGAUUCUUAUUUUUUCAUACUUAAGCAAUAGUAAGCAGAGUCGAGAAAGAAAACAACAGCAACAUGGCAAGCGUUCCUUCUUCACCUCCACCCGUGCCUCUAUCUACCAUCACUGAUUCCGUAAACACCAUUCCUCACUCACCAAAAACUGAGGGUUUUCAAAAGGUGGAAAAUGGUGCUGCCAACAAUGGGGUUCCACAUGCCGAUGAUAAAAUACCUGACUUCAAUGAUGGACUUGAUCAUUUGGACAGCCCACAGUACAUCGAGAGGUUCAAAAAAUAUGAGGCUGAAUAUAGUCGACGUUUGUUGUCCAAAUACUUCUCUGGUAAAACCUCUAAGGAAGAAAACAGUUUUUAUGAGCAGCAUACAACAAUAGACGGUCAAGUGAUAAAGGCAAGCAGGUUGCCUUGUUUCUAUUGCUAUGCCAAUCCUAUCGUAGGUGUUGAAGAGCAAUGCAGCAAUGAAUCGUCUUCACCAGCAGAAACACAAGCUAGCACUCCUAAUGAGAAACACAUUGUGAAAAAGAACUGAAGUCAAAAUUUGAUUGGUGAAGCAUCAAUGGAUAUGUUGUUGUAAAAAAGAUGAGGCAUUAAUCACGGAACUUGAAAGGAUGGUUAGGGCAUCUAAAUCAAUUACUUAGCCUAAGGAUUUCCUGGUCUUGAUAAUUUUAUGGGGUUAAAUAAUUAUGUGUAAAGAAGGGGAUACGAAUAAGCAUAAUCUAUAUCAUUAUAUAUAAAGGAAACAAUUUUUCUUUUUACAAA